AUGUUGGCAGACACUAUGAGCACUGUCCAGGAGAGCAAGGGAGCAUGUGCCCUGCAGACGAAGAUGAAGAAGGACGGCACAGCGCAAUUUGUGACCUGCAGCUCGCAGGAAAUCAUGUGCCAUGAUCCCGCAACCAUGACGGACACCUGCCAUCCAAAGAGCACCGGCUGCCCGGUCACAUGUCCUGCCGGGGAGCAUGUGUGCCACAUGCCGCCGUCAUGUGAUGGCUGUGAUGGCUACAACUGGUGCUCCUCCUACACUUGCUCUUGUCCAGUCUAUUGUGGCAUGGAUGAGGUGAUGUGCCAUGAUUCCACAACCAUGACGGACAGCUGCCACCCAGCAAGCACAGGUUGCCCGAUCACAUGUCCUCCCGGUGACCACGUGUGCCAUAUGCCACCGCCAUGCGACGGCUGCGAGGCACACAGUUAUUGCUCCCCCAGCGCUUGUCCAGUGUAUUGUGGCGUGGAUGAGGUGACGUGCCAUGUGACGUGCCAUGAUGCCAGCACCAUGACCGACAGCUGCCACCCAGCAAGCACCGGUUGCCCGGUGAUGUGCCAUGAUUCCACCACCAUGACCGACAGCUGCCAUCCGAAGAGCACAGGGAAGCCAGAUCACAUUCGAGGUAGCAACAAGUACAAGUCAAGUUGCAACCAGAGUGUGCUCCUGACCUUCGCAGCCAUUUUACUCACUCUUGAGCUAGACUUUGUUCUUCUUGACGCUGGAAGUUUGUCAGCCAUGGUGCUGUCGAUUCUGGUGUCUCUGAUUACCGUCCGUGCCAUGUUGGCAGACACUAUGAGCACUGUCCAGGAGAGCAAGGGAGCAUGUGCCCUGCAGACGAAGAUGAAGAAGGACGGCACAGCGCAAUUUGUGACCUGCAGCUCGCAGGAAAUCAUGUGCCAUGAUCCCGCAACCAUGACGGACACCUGCCAUCCAAAGAGCACCGGCUGCCCGGUCACGUGUCCUGCCGGGGAGCAUGUGUGCCACAUGCCGCCGUCAUGUGAUGGCUGUGAUGGCUACAACUGGUGCUCCUCCUACACUUGCCCAGUGUACUGUGCGAUGGAUGAGGUGAUGUGCCAUGAUUCCACAACCAUGACGGACACGUGCUCUUGUCCAGUCUAUUGUGGCAUGGAUGAGGUGAUGUGCCAUGAUUCCACAACCAUGACGGACAGCUGCCACCCAGCAAGCACAGGUUGCCCGAUCACAUGUCCUCCCGGUGACCACGUGUGCCAUAUGCCACCGCCAUGCGACGGCUGCGAGGCACACAGUUAUUGCUCCCCCAGCGCUUGUCCAGUGUAUUGUGGCGUGGAUGAGGUGACGUGCCAUGUGAUGUGCCAUGAUUCCACAACCAUGACGGACAGCUGCCACCCCGCAAGCACAGGUUGCCCGAUCACAUGUCCUCCCGGUGACCAAGUUUGCCACAUGCCGCCGUCAUGCGACGGUUGUCAGGGACACAGUUACUGUUCCCCAGGCUCCUGUCCAGUGUAUUGUGGCAUAGACGAGGUGAUGUGCCAUGAUUCCACCACCAUGACGGACAGCUGCCAUCCGAAGAGCACAGGGUGCCCGGUUACCUGUCCCCCCGGUGACAAUGUGUGCCAUGUGCCGCCGCCAUGCGACACCUGCGAUGGAUACAGCUACUGUUCCCCCAGCUCUUGUCCAGUCCACUGUGGCAUGGAUGAGGUGAUGUGCCAUGAUUCCACCACCAUGACGGACAGCUGUCAUCCGGCAAGCACAGGUUGCCCAGUGACGUGUCCUCCUGGCGACCAUGUGUGCCACAGUCCGGCAACUUGUCAGGGAUGCCAUGGUUACAGUUGGUGCUCCCCGACUCCGUGUGCAAUCUAG